CGAGGACUCUUGGGUGCUUUUGCUGCAGCAGGCGGACGCGGCUUCCUGUCUUGGACCUCCCUGCUGCCAAGAGGCCCACGCGUGGGAAGGGCCCCCCCAUGCCCGCCAGCCCCCCAUGCCCUUCCUGACUGGCUGCUUCUCCUUGCUCUUGUGCAGGCAGGGCCCAUGGUGCAGGUGGUCGUUUCCCGGGCGGGGGCCGGAGCCCUGGCCGAGUGGGUGCUGAUGGAGCUCCAAGGGGAGUUGGAAUCGCGCUGUGGGGCCAGCCUGGCCGGGAGGCUCCUGGGGGACCUGCAUUACACCAAGGAGGGGCUGCCGGUGCUCAUCGUGGGGCACCACAUCCUGUACGGGAAGGUGGUGCGGCUGGAAAAGCCCUUCGCCGUCCUGACCAAGCAAGCGGCCGGCGAGUCCAGCUCCGGCCCCCGCUACAGCUACACCGUGACGGCCCUCAUCAAGAAGAAGCUGCUCUUCAAGACCCGCCCCAAGCCCAUCAUCACCAACGUGGCCAAGAAAGCGUGAGAGAGCUCCGCCCACCUCCGGGAGCGUGUCAGCCCCGGGCACCGUGGCAGGCCGUGGAGGGAGCUCGCCCUCCUGACUUGCCCAGAGGGGCAAGGACUGUACCACCAGAGAGGGCCGGACCAGCGCUCUGUGGGAACCCAAUGAAUUGCUUUUGCUCCAGGGUUAUGAACUGGGGGGGGGGCGCAGAGGGACACUCACGCGUGGCACCCUUGUCUCGGAGGCCAGGCUUUGUGGGACAAAGACCAGGGGAGUUUGGGCAGACCCCGGUGCAUGUGCCUAAAGUGCCUAAGCGAACCCUUUCUCAAGGCCCGGGAGCGGGAGCCGAGGUUGGGGCUUACCCCAACACCUUUCCCGGGGUGCUAAGAUCUGUUGGCAUGAGGCCCUUACCCAGAACUCCUUGCGUCUCCGGAAGGGGCUCUUGAAUAUUAGCCAGAUUUCCACCCUGGGGCUGAAAGGGGUCAGCUUAGCCAGUGACUCACCGAGACCCGCUCUGCCUCAGCUCCUGCCAUCCAGAAACACGAGUCCCGCUAUGGCCCUUUCUGGAAUUGUUCCGAUGGCUUGAUCUUCCUCCCUCUGGCUUCCUGAUGCCAUCCUGCAGAGCGCUCAGCCGUCUUGGGCGCCACACGUGGUGCCUUUUGCCUCCACUGAACAGCGUUUUAGUGGUUGUGGAAAUAUCUCUUGUUCGCUUGGCCUCUUAUGUAACAGGCAGGGAACGCAGAGCGGAGCUGAAAUACAGCGGGCAUUGGGGGGGGGGGCUACUGGCUUCUUCUUUUCAGGCCUGUCUUCCCCACAGAAAUUCUAGCCGGCAGUCCCUGGUUUUUGCCCCCGAACCCGUCCCACCCUCAAUGAAAUUACAACCUCAGCCAUCCUGUUUACAAGGUGCUUUUUUUAUUGUAACAAACUCAUCAUAGUAAAAAACAAACAAACCUUGACAUUUUUAAAAAUUAUGAAAAUGCAGGUAAAAAAUAAAUAAGUUUACAAAUAA